CACGUAAGUGUACACAGUGCAGGUAAACGCCUCCACCCACCGGGCCGGCGUGCCCCCACCCUGAGAGGCCGAGUUGCUUUAUAAAUCGCCAGGCCUGCAGAGUUCAUCACUUGUUCACUCGCAGCAACCAACCAACCCAUCCCAUCAUGUUCAAGCUCGUCGCUUUCGCCGCCCUCGUGGCCGUUGCCCAGGCUGGACUCAUCGCCUCCCCCCUGGCCUACACCGCCCCCGUGGCCACCUCUUACGCCAACACCUACAAGGUCGCCGUGAAGGCCCCCGUCCUUGCUGCCGCCCCCGUCGCCUACGCCGCCCCCGCCUACGCUCAUGCCCCCGUUGUUGCUGCCCCCGCCUACGCCUCGUACGCCGCCCCCGCCUACGCUCCCUACGCCGCUCCCCUCGCUUACAAGGCCCCCCUCGCCUACUCCGCCUAUGGCACCACCCUGAUCCACUAAGAGACUAGUCAACUCGCUCAACAAGGUGAAUUUGCGCCACAUUUGGAACCUGAAAUAAAUUAUUGCAUUUUAUGAACUGAAAAA